AUGAAUAAAGAAAACCAUUCAGUGGUGACUGAGUUUAUCUUCAUGGGCAUCACACAGGACCCUCAGCUCCAGAUUAUCUUCUUUGUGAUCUUCCUCUUAGUCUAUCUGGUCAAUGUAGUGGGGAACAUUGGUAUGAUCAUCCUGAUUAUAACAGACACUCAGCUUCACACACCCAUGUACUUUUUCCUAUGCAAUCUUUCAUUUGUUGACCUGGGCUACUCCUCAGCCAUUGCUCCCAGGAUGCUGGCUGAUUUCCUAACAAAACACAAAGUUAUCUCCUUCUCUAGCUGUGCCACCCAGUUUGCUUUCUUUGUAGGUUUUGUGGAUGCUGAAUGCUAUGUCCUGGCUGCCAUGGCCUAUGACCGUUUUGUGGCCAUCUGUCGACCCCUCCACUACAACACUCUCAUGUCUAAGCGAGUCUGUUUGGUUCUCAUGCUGGGCUCUUACCUGGCUGGUCUGGUGAGUUUAGUAGCUCACACUUCCCUCACCUUCAGUUUGAGUUAUUGUGGUUCCAAUAUCAUCAACCACUUUUUCUGUGAAAUCCCACCACUCUUGGCCCUCUCUUGCUCAGACACCCACAUCAGUGAGAUCUUGCUCUUUAGUCUGUGUGGCUUCAUUGAAUUCAGCACCAUCCUCAUCAUCUUCAUCUCCUAUGCCUUCAUCCUCAUUGCAAUCAUCAGAAUGAGCUCAGCUGAGGGCCGCCUUAAGGCUUUCUCCACCUGCGGGUCUCACCUCACUGGAGUCACACUUUUCUAUGGCACAGUCAUGUUUAUGUACCUGAGGCCAACAUCCAGCUACUCACUGGACCAAGAUAAGUGGGCCUCUGUAUUCUACACUAUAAUCAUACCCAUGUUGAAUCCCUUGAUCUACAGUUUACGGAACAAGGAUGUGAAAGCUGCUUUCAAAAAACUAAUUGGGAAAAAAACUCAAAAAUGA